AUGCAAGAGACCCAUGAUCCACCGCAUUCCUCGAGCAAAUUCGCCGAAAUCCAGGACAAAACCAGCGAAGAUUCGAGAGACAAGGUCAAGACUAACGUCUCUCGCUGUGAAGACGAAGGACAGAAGAGACCCAAGUUGGAAAAGCCAUUGCUUUCAGAACUAGAAGCUGGGCAAAAGGAAGAGAGAGAACAAGAAGAUGACGGUGAUGACAAUGACGACAAUGGCGGCAGCAAGAAGAGUUUGAUUUCACGUCCACUGCAUGAACCCGGUGAGAAAGAUGAAGAACUCAAACAAGAUCAAGUGGUUGACUCUGAAGAACAUUUGUAUUCCAGUAUGGUGAUUAUAUCAUUGUAA